CCAUGUUUCUCGUCUCAAGAAAAUGCAUAUCAUAUAAAACCCUUCCCUCUGAGAUCCGAUCAUCUUCUUUUUGGUUGUCUCGAUCUCUAGUAUCUUCUCUCUCUCUUUCACUCUCUCUCACACGUUCGUUUUCGCUGUUUGUCUAUUUUCCACGUCUGGAACGUCUUUCAUUAAGUGUUUUUACUUCCUAAUACAUAUUCUUCUCACAUCCUUUUACUUUUCAUUGUCACUUCACCGAACAAAAGCACAAAACAACAACAACCAUGAUGCAUUUAGUACUAUUUGUUGCAGUCCUCGGAGCCAUGGCUGUCGUCAACGCGGCUCCAGCAUCUACAACUGUAAACCCUGAUGCAGUUGCGGGAACAACAUGUACCGAUCCUUCAACAACUCUUGUAUCCCAUGAUAUCAACGUGGCUCUUCUCGGAAUUUGUGGAGGUAUAGCAGGAACUAUUCAACAAUGUGGUGGUGAGCCUACGUCAACAACCGGAGAAUCGGGUACUGCUCUCUUGAAACUUAAUGCUGCCACAUCCGGUCAGACAAUUGAUAUCACGAAAGGCAGAUGGGAAGGAUGUAUGAGAGCAGCGCGAGCGGUGUGUGGAGACAGUCCUUUUACCAGUACUUGUAUUGGUGGAGCUAAGGUAAAUGCUGGCAACGUAGAUUUCGAACUUUCUGCCGCAUAAUAAGGUGUUCAAGGACUUGGGACUGUGAAGAAAAGGAGACAUACUGUAUGAUUGGUACAUAGCCGACGACUUCAACUAUUAAUUCUGUAUAUGUACCCACAUUCACUCUAGUCAUAUAGAACGAGAUUGGACUAAGC